CACUCCCUAUUUAAACCCACUAUGUCACUCAGCUUCUCAGUGGAGAACUUGAUCUUGACCGACACGUUUGGAUUCACGGGGAAAGAGACAAAACAAACAAACUCACGGACAGACCCGGACUUGUGAACGACUCAAAGGUGUCCUUCAACUCUUGGAUACCUGAACCCAGAAAUCAGGGGGUUUUUUGGAGAACAUUUCUAUAUAUUUGUUUUCCUUAUCAUUAUUAUUAUCAUUGUUUAUUUUGUAUUCUUAUCGUACGCCCCAACUCCACACCACUCCCGGAUUUAAACUUGGCCCCCUCCCCUGCACAGCGGGUGUACGGUGAAAGUUGGCCCAAGAUGCGGUGCCUUCUCCCGCUCACUGUGUAUUGCAUCAGCCUGGUUUCCCUCCAGCGGCUGCAGGCUGUACCGGUGGAGGAGCGUCCCGACAGCAGCACCAGGUCGGACCUCCUCAGCAAACUCAUGGUCCCGAGGGAGGAUAAAGCCUUGGCGUCAGGAAACCAGCCAAACACCGCCAUGCCCUCUUCAGCCCCCAGCCAAUCCCCAAAAUGGCUGGCCGGUUUCCUCAGACACCCACCGGCCUCAGGAGCGAGAAUAGGCUCGCCAAACCUGGCAUGGCUUUCCAAAGCUUUGCAGAUCAAGACGAGGGCACUGAGAGUUCGCCGCCAUGCCCACUCGGGUUCACGAGGGGGUCACCACUACCCUCAUAAUGCCAAGAUGAUGAGAGUGGGCUGCGUCCUGGGAACCUGCCAAGUGCAGAACCUUAGCCACCGGCUCUAUCAGCUCAUUGGUCAGAGUGGCAGAGAAGACUCGUCCCCCAUUAAUCCCAGAAGCCCUCAUAGUUAUGGAUGAGUUAUACACCUCCAAACACCCACAGCAAGUCUAUCUAUAUCUCCAUUUAUUUAUCUCUUAAUGUAUUACUGGUAGUCUUUUGCAUUAACGUUUUAUGUAGUCCAUAACUUAUGUGUAUCCAUCUCAAAAAUGAGAAUUAUACUGACAAAUGACUGAAUGUCGUGCCUUGCUACUUUUUGUGCUGACUAAUGGAUUUGAAGAUUCAAAUUCAAGAUCCUAGCUGUCUGAAUCCUUUUUCGAACCCCCUAAUUUGAGGUCUCCCACCAUCCUGGGAACAUUUGAAAGACACUGAAGUUCUUUCGAUCCUCCUCUCCUGAAUCCUCAAAAGAAACCAAGAGGCCUCCGUUUGGUGUCUUAAUCCUGUUAAUGUAAGAAUGAAGGCUUGUCUUCAACACCAUCCAGUGGCUCUGCCCUGUCUGCCAGCUGACCUCCCCAGUGGUGGUUAUCCCCUGGCUCAUUGAUCAAACACUUAAGCCCCUAAUGUGGAUUUCAACCUGCACUCUGAGCUGGAGCCCUGUCCAAACCAAUGUAUUCCCAAAGACCUGGUAAUUUGACCCAAUGAACUCUUUUACCUCCUUAUUUUUGGUCAACUUUGGAACUUAUUUCACUCAUUUCAACACUGCACAAUAAUAGUAAUUUGAAUAGGAACACUGACAUCCCUGGAACAGUCCUCAAGCUUUCAGCUGAACUGGGAAUUCAUCGCUCAGCAAGACUUUUGUGUUUCACAACCAGGGUUUACAUUUGAAACCAGCCACAGCACUUCAGUUAAACCCAAGUUUAGAGCGUUCGGAGUCAGGUCUCAACCACAUCAAAUCCAUGUUGACAACGAUUAAAGAAGAAGGUUCAGAAGCCACUGCUUUGGGAGGAAUGUCAGUGCCCAAAGGAUCAGUUUCUUUGUUGCAUUAUAGUGGCUGGUUGGCUGACACAGUAGUGAAGCCUGGAGCCAUGGAUCAGCACUCAGUCGUAUCACUGCUGGCAUUUUCUCUGUCCGAGGCCAAGUCUGAAAUAUCAGCCCCUUCACGUGAUUCACAAGUUCCCCCUCCAGGUCCGGACUUUGGGUUGACAGGAGUUUAAUAUACUUGGCUUAAUCACUUCAGUCAUAUAUACCGACACAGCG